UGUGCAUGUGACAAUAACCCAUUAAAACUUGUCCAAGACUACCACCUAGUGGACAGUUUACUUACUAAAAACGCUUUAUCAACUUGACCGGAUCCAGUUUGGCCCUCACUGACUAGCCGUAGUCAAAAGCGUCCUAGCAACGGGGCGGAUAGGAACCUUCAUUUAACAACAAGCUACUUAUCUCCCACAACACAAAACAACUUAUGUUACCGCUUAUACAGUCUUAAAUUAUAAUAUUUAUGUUUGUUUAAAAACAAUCUAUAUUCUCAAGUUAUCGUAUGAAGCGGGAUGGCUAUCAACAACCCAUCGGUGUUUCUGUUGAUGAUAAACGGACAGAUAGAAGGGGCGAAUUUUCCAGAGUAUGAUGACCUGUACUGUAAAUACUGCUUCGUCUACGGACACGACUGGGCUCCCACCUCGGGUCUAGAGGAGGGUAUAUCUCAGAUUACGUCGAAAGGCAGAGACUCUCCUCAGAGAAUGAUCUGGAAUUUUCCUCUGGAGAUCACCUUUAAGAGCACCAACCCAUUAGGCUGGCCUCAGAUCGUGGUAAGUGUCUACGGUCCUGAUACGUUUGGUAACGAUGUGGUCAGAGGAUACGGAGCAACACACAUCCCCUUCACUCCUGGACAACACACCAGAACCAUCCCAAUGUUUGUUCCUGAAUCCACAUCAAGACUACAGAAAUUCACAAGUUGGCUGCUGGGGCGGCGUCCAGAGUUCACCGAUCCUAAAGUCGUGGCCCAGGGAGAGGGCAGAGAAGUGACCAGGGUCCGUUCUCAGGGUUUCGUCUCCCUCUCCUUCCACAUUGUGACUAAAGACAUGAAGAGACUGGGUUACGACACCACACCUUCCGAGACCUCACACACUCUGUCACACACUGCUGCAGCAGGCAUCGGACCGGGAGACCAGCCCUACAGCACGUGACGGAAACACACACACACAAUCGGACCGGGAGACCAGCCCUACAGCACGUGACGGAAACACACACAGGGACCAAAGACAACACCAUCUCCCUCCCUGACCCCUGUGUGUGGUCCCAUCAGUAGCAGCUGGAUACUGUAGGUGUUAGUGAUGUCUGGUCUCUCUCCUCGAGGAACAGGAGAGCUUCUACCCGCCCACUUCCAUUCAGACUGAUCUAGGACCUGCUGAUCCACUGAUCCCUCUAUAAUACGGCUGGUUUAAAGACAUCUGACUGAUCCAGGACCUGCCUAUCCCCUCUAUAAUAAGGCUGGUUUAAAGACAUCAGGCUGGUUUAAAGACAUCAGACUGAUCCAGGACCUGCCGAUCCCCUCUAUAAUAAUCUAUCUGGACAGCUGACGAUGCAGUUUUUAAAAGAUAAUUUUCCCCGUUGACCAACAACAGCCUUUACAUGAAUGAAAACAAUGCCUUUUAAAUGUCUCUUUUUUUUAAAGCCGCAUUGUGUACAACCUUCAAAUGUAUUGAAUCCCCAGCCUCCCCGUUAAUAACCAGGUGUUCGUAAGUCAUCGUGUUCGGUCUGAGGAUCUGUGUCUCUCUCUCAGGGAAGUCUAGUUACUGUGUUACUAAAAAAAAAAAGGUCCCGAUUCAAAUCAGUUCCUCUUUACGUUUUGACAGCGUCGGAGGUGGAAGUGGGUUAAGAGCCGUCAAGGUUUCCAGAGGGCAUCCUCUGCGUUUAUAUCUAAAACGGGGGACGUUCCCCGACGGCUGCAUUAAGAUAAAUCCUCUGUGUUUAAAACGGGGGAUGUUCCCGGACGGCUGCAUUAAGAUAAAUCCUCUGUGUUUAAAACGGGGGAUGUUCCCGGACGGCUGCAUUAAGAUAAAUCCUCUGUGUUUAAAACGGGGGAUGUUCCCGGACGGCUGCAUUAAGAUAAAUCCUCUGCGUUUAUAUCUAAAACGGGGGACGUUCCCCGACGGCUGCAUUAAGAUAAAUCCUCUGCGUUUAUAUCUAAAACGGGGGACGUUCCCUGACGGCUGCAUUAAGAUAAAUCCUCUGUGUUUAAAACGGGGGAUGUUCCCGGACGGCUGCAUUAAGAUAAAUCUUCUGCGUUUAUAUCUAAAACGGGGGACGUUACCCGACAGCUGCAUUAAGAUAAAUCCUCUGCGUUUAUAACGGGGGACGUUCCCCGACGGCUGCAUUAAGAUAAAUCCUCUGCGUUUAUAUCUAAAACGGGGGACGUUCCCUGACGGCUGCAUUAAGAUAAAUCCUCUGCGUUUAUAUCUAAAACGGGGGACGUUCCCUGACGGCUGCAUUAAGAUAAAUCCUCUGCGUUUAUAUCUAAAACGGGGGACGUUCCCCGACGGCUGCAUUAAGAUAAAUCCUCUGUGUUUAUAUCUAAAACGGGGGACGUUCCCCGACGGCUGCAUUAAGAUAAAUCCUCUGCGUUUAUAUCUAAAACGGGGGACGUUCCCCGACGGCUGCAUUAAGAUAAAUCCUCUGCGUUUAUAUCUAAAACGGGGGACGUUCCCUGACGGCUGCAUUAAGAUAAAUCCUCUGCGUUUAUAUCUAAAACGGGGGACGUUCCCUGACGGCUGCAUUAAGAUAAAUCCUCUGCGUUUAUAUCUAAAACGGGGGACGUUCCCCGACGGCUGCAUUAAGAUAAAUCCUCUGUGUUUAUAUCUAAAACGGGGGACGUUCCCCGACGGCUGCAUUAAGAUAAAUCCUCUGCGUUUAUAUCUAAAACGGGGGACGUUCCCCGACGGCUGCAUUAAGAUAAAUCCUCUGCGUUUAUAUCUAAAACGGGGGACGUUCCCCGACGGCUGCAUUAAGAUAAAUCCUCUGCGUUUAUAUCUAAAACGGGGGACGUUCCCCGACGGCUGCUUUAAGAUAAAUCCUCUGCGUUUAUAACGGGGGACGUUCCCCGACGGCUGCAUUAAGAUAAAUCCUCUGCGUUUAUAUCUAAAACGGGGGACGUUCCCCGACGGCUGCAUUAAGAUAAAUCCUCUGCGUUUAUAACGGGGGACGUUCCCCGACGGCUGCAUUAAGAUAAAUCCUCUGCGUUUAUAUCUAAAACGAGGGACGUUACCCGACGGCUGCAUUAAGAUAAAUCCUCUGCGUUUAUAACGGGGGACGUUCCCCGACGGCUGCAUUAAGAUAAAUCCUCUGCGUUUAUAACGGGGGACGUUCCCCGACGGCUGCAUUAAGAUAAAUCCUCUGCGUUUAUAUCUAAAACGGGGGACGUUCCCCGACGGCUGCAUUAAGAUAAAUCCUCUGCGUUUAUAUCUAAAACGGGGGACGUUCCCCGACGGCUGCUUUAAGAUAAAUCCUCUGCGUUUAUAACGGGGGACGUUCCCCGACGGCUGCAUUAAGAUAAAUCCUCUGCGUUUAUAUCUAAAACGGGGGACGUUCCCCGACGGCUGCAUUAAGAUAAAUCCUCUGCGUUUAUAACGGGGGACGUUCCCCGACGGCUGCAUUAAGAUAAAUCCUCUGCGUUUAUAACGGGGGACGUUCCCCGACGGCUGCAUUAAGAUAAAUCCUCUGCGUUUAUAUCUAAAACGGGGGACGUUCCCCGACGGCUGCAUUAAGAUAAAUCCUCUGUGUUUAUAUCUAAAACGGGGGACGUUACCCGACAGCUGCAUUAAGAUAAAUCCUCUGCGUUUAUAUCUAAAACGGGGGACGUUACCCGACGGCUGCAUUAAGAUAAAUCCUCUGCGUUUAUAUCUAAAACGGGGGACGUUCCCCGACGGCUGCAUUAAGAUAAAUCCUCUGCGUUUAUAUCUAAAACGGGGGACGUUCCCCGACGGCUGCUUUAAGAUAAAUCCUCUGCGUUUAUAUCUAAAACGGGGGACGUUCCCCGACGGCUGCAUUAAGAUAAAUCCUCUGCGUUUAUAUCUAAAACAGGGGGACGUUCCCCGACGGCUGCAUUAAGAUAAAUCCUCUGCGUUUAUAUCUAAAACGGGGGACGUUCCCCGACGGCUGCUUUAAGAUAAAUCCUCUGCGUUUAUAACGGGGGACGUUCCCCGACGGCUGCAUUAAGAUAAAUCCUCUGCGUUUAUAACGGGGGACGUUCCCCGACGGCUGCAUUAAGAUAAAUCCUCUGCGUUUAUAUCUAAAACGGGGGACGUUCCCCGACGGCUGCAUUAAGAUAAAUCCUCUGCGUUUAUAUCUAAAACGGGGGAUGCUACCCGACGGCUGCAUUAAGAUAAAUCCUCUGUGUUUAUAUCUAAAACGGGGGAUGCUACCCGACGGCUGCAUUAAGAUAAAUCCCCUGCGUUUAUAACGGGGGACGUUCCCCGACGGCUGCAUUAAGAUAAAUCCUCUGCGUUUAUAACGGGGGACGUUCCCCGACGGCUGCAUUAAGAUAAAUCCUCUGCGUUUAUAUCUAAAACGGGGGACGUUCCCCGACGGCUGCAUUAAGAUAAAUCCUCUGCGUUUAUAACGGGGGACGUUCCCCGACGGCUGCAUUAAGAUAAAUCCUCUGCGUUUAUAACGGGGGACGUUCCCCGACGGCUGCAUUAAGAUAAAUCCUCUGCGUUUAUAUCUAAAACGGGGGACGUUCCCCGACGGCUGCAUUAAGAUAAAUCCUCUGCGUUUAUAUCUAAAACGGGGGAUGCUACCCGACGGCUGCAUUAAGAUAAAUCCUCUGUGUUUAUAUCUAAAACGGGGGAUGCUACCCGACGGCUGCAUUAAGAUAAAUCCCCUGCGUUUAUAACGGGGGACGUUCCCCGACGGCUGCAUUAAGAUAAAUCCUCUGUGUUUAUAUCUAAAACGGGGGACGUUACCCGACAGCUGCAUUAAGAUAAAUCCUCUGCGUUUAUAUCUAAAACGGGGGACGUUACCCGACGGCUGCAUUAAGAUAAAUCCUCUGCGUUUAUAUCUAAAACGGGGGACGUUCCCCGACGGCUGCAUUAAGAUAAAUCCUCUGCGUUUAUAUCUAAAACGAGGGACGCUACCCGACGGCUGCAUUAAGAUAAAUCCUCUGCGUUUAUAUCUAAAACGGGGGACGUUCCCCGACGGCUGCAUUAAGAUAAAUCCUCUGCGUUUAUAUCUAAAACGAGGGACGCUACCCGACGGCUGCAUUAAGAUAAAUCCUCUGCGUUUAUAUCUAAAACGGGGGACGUUCCCCGACGGCUGCAUUAAGAUAAAUCCUCUGCGUUUAUAUCUAAAACGGGGGACGCUACCCGAUGGCUGCAUUAAGAUAAAUCCUCUGCGUUUAUAUCUAAAACGAGGGACGCUACCCGACGGCUGCAUUAAGAUAAAUCCUCUGCGUUUAUAUCUAAAACGGGGGACGUUACCCGACAGCUGCAUUAAGAUAAAUCCUCUGCGUUUAUAUCUAAAACGGGGGACGCUACCCGACGGCUGCAUUAAGAUAAAUCCUCUGCGUUUAUAACGGGGGACGUUCCCCGACGGCUGCAUUAAGAUAAAUCCUCUGCGUUUAUAUCUAAAACGAGGGACGCUACCCGACGGCUGCAUUAAGAUAAAUCCUCUGCGUUCAUAUCUAAAACGGGGGACGUUCCCCGACGGCUGCAUUAAGAUAAAUCCUCUGCGUUCAUAUCUAAAACGGGGGACGUUCCCCGACGGCUGCAUUAAGAUAAAUCCUCUGCGUUCAUAUCUAAAACGGGGGACGUUCCCCGACGGCUGCACGGAGCGGCAUUAAGAUAAAUCCUCUGCGUUUAUAUCUAAAACGGGGGACGUUCCCUGACGGCUGCACGGAGCGGCAUUAAGAUAAAUCCUCUGCGUUUAUAACGGGGGACGUUCCCUGACGGCUGCACGGAGCGGCAUUAAGAUAAAUCCUCUGCGUUUAUAUCUAAAACGGGGGACGUUCCCUGACGGCUGCACGGAGCGGCAUUAAGAUAAAUCCUCUGCGUUUAUAUCUAAAACGGGGGACGUUCCCUGACGGCUGCACGGAGCGGCAUUAAGAUAAAUCCUCUGCGUUUAUAACGGGGGACGUUCCCUGACGGCUGCACGGAGCGGCAUUAAGAUAAAUCCUCUGCGUUUAUAACGGGGGACGUUCCCUGACGGCUGCACGGAGCGGCAUUAAGAUAAAUCCUCUGCGUUUAUAACGGGGGACGUUCCCUGACGGCUGCACGGAGCGGCAUUAAGAUAAAUCCUCUGCGUUUAUAACGGGGGACGUUCCCUGACGGCUGCACGGAGCGGCAUUAAGAUAAAUCCUCUGCGUUUAUAACGGGGGACGUUCCCUGACGGCUGCACGGAGCGGCAUUAAGAUAAAUCCUCUGCGUUCAUAUCUAAAACGGGGGACGUUCCCUGACGGCUGCACGGAGCGGCAUUAAGAUAAAUCCUCUGCGUUCAUAUCUAAAACGGGGGACGUUCCCUGACGGCUGCACGGAGCGGCAUUAAGAUAAAUCCUGCUCUCACUUUAUUUGUAUUUGUUUUUUAAUGUAUCCUUAAUAUAUUUAACUAGGCAACAAGUCAGUUAAGAACAAAUUCUUAUUUACAAUGACGGCCUACCGGGGAACAGCGGGUUAACUGCCUUGUUCAGGGGCAGAUUUUGUACCUUGUCAGCUCGGGGAUUCGAUCUUGCAAUCUUGCAACCUUUCGGGUUACUAGCGCUAACCACUAGGCUACCCUGCCGAUAAGUAACUGGUUAAGGUUAGCAGAAGGAUUUUUCAAAUCCUGAGCAUCUUUAUUUUCUAUAUAUCCUCCACUUUCUCCUUCUGAGCGUCUUUAUUUUCCAAAUAUCCUACACUUUCUCCUUCUGAACGUCUUUACGAUAGUAGGACGGGGCGUGGCUUCCUGACAACGAUCACCGAUUGGACAGCCACCCAACCUCCAAAAAAAACAAAAACAUCGGCUUCUAGCUUAUGCCGGUUAUCGCUUGAUCUGUGUUGUAGUUUUUGGACUGAUAAUAAAAUGUGUUUCAUGAACAAGGUG